GCAAAGCCUUGCUUGGGGAAUAUAUAUCCCUGUAGUAAAGAUUGAAUACGCCAUUGAAACAGUAGGCUAAUACCACUUCCCCAAACCCAAACCCGUAAUACACACGGGAAACAACAUUAGAAUUACUUUUAGACGUGUCAUUUUAUAGGCAUAGUAGGCAAUUGACUAACACACUAACUUUACAGACUCGUGUGUUUUAUGUUUUCAAAUGAUUAGGCAAUGUUCUUUAGCAGAAUAUGAACAUCAUGUACUGUUGUCGUGUAAAAAAGGGGGUAAUUCUGGCGUUACAAUUGGUGCGCAGACUGCUGUGUAAUAUUUGAACAAACGUACGUAUAGACUACAUGGCCUAUGUUAGUUCAGUGGUGGUUGUAGAAGCAGAUGCUAUGAACAUACAUUAUUCCCUUUAUGAGGUAAAUGAUCAGUAAACAUUUUUUUGAUAGUACUCUGUUACAUAUAUAUCUACAACCUCUACAAUAGAAAUGUGAGGAUAAACAGCAGAAACAUAAGACAAGCAUAGCAAAUCAGAAAACAAUACGCCAUUUCAUUUAAUGAAAUACAUAAUGAAGGCAUCCAUAAUGUAGACUAUGAUAUGUAUUAUGUAUUCCAUUAAAUUAAAUGGAAUAUUGUUUUCUGAUUUCCUAUAUUGUAUGCUUCAGUUUCCUUUGUAUGGCUUCACAUGUAUAUUGCAGAGCUUGUAGAUAUGUAGCCUAUUUAAGCGUCCGUUAUUACCCACUUAUAAACGCAGCCAGGUCUACCGUGAUAUAAGUCAGUUAGUAUAAAGGCGUGCGUAUGCACAUAAACGUGUGCGUUAUUACGUAUAGGCUACAUAUAAACACGGUCAAUACCUAAAAUAAUGGUUUGGCUAAAUCAUUGAAAAUAUUUGCUAACUAUAUCCGCCUGUCUAAUGAUAAAUAGACUAUGACUGUUUAAAUUUCAUUACAUGUGCAGACCCCACCUUCUCCCCCAAAGACCAGCUCGCUAUUUUCUGUCAUAUUUAUUUAACCAUAGCUCAACUUGUAAAGCCCGUUAUCACACAACGCGCAAUGUCGUGUUGUCAAGCCACUGGUUAUACAUCAAGCUAUAAAAUUAAGGUUUUGAGGCAUCAUUUCCGAUACUAUGCCCCCCCCCACCCUCUCCCUCUCUCAUUUUACCCUUCCCCCUAAAAAGCCGCUCCUAACAAGUAGGCGGUAAUUAUUAGUGAAAAUGGCGAUCAGCUAUUAGUCGUCAAAGCGGUACCUGCUAUUGGAGGGGCACUUGGGAUUGAUGAGACGAAGUGGCCAAUGAGACUGCUUGGAAUGAAUGACCGGGCUUCAGUUAAAGGGGGCGUAAGAGGAGCUAGUGCCAGUUCACGGUGAAAGAGGGACCCUCCGCGAUAAACACAGACAAGCGAAAGAAAUAAACACACCAAUCCGAACAACAAUCCGAGAUGCUGCCACAACCCGCACUCUCUCCAUGCGAGGACAGCUAGUAAGAUAAUUAUUCAAUUCUUCCUGUGUGUUUAAGCGCAAUCAACAUUCACAGUUUCCAGAGGAAAAACGCAAAGGAAUCUCUUCGUUUCAUGGGGAUUUUUAGUAACAAGUUAACUACCAGUGAAUAUAGACGUGUUUGUGUAGUUUUUUCCCCCUACGAGCGGAUCAUCGCUUUGAACUUUGCCUGAUAUGGUGUUUCAAUGCAAUGAAGUUGUGAAUAACCCUAACCGAAUAUAAUAUUGAAUUGUACUUUUCCCCCCCAAAAAAUUGUUGUACACAAGCUGAUUCGAACGAAAUUCGCUUUGAGAGACCAUGUUACUGGACGCAGGUCACCAGUUCCCCGGACUGGGAGUUGGCACGUUUGCCAGGCAUCACACGGCGAGCGAGAUGCAGGAGAGAGACUUGAGUUUAGCACAGAAUAGCUUCGUCGACUCGGCACACAUGGGUGCGUUUAAACUGAACCAUGAUCUUUCUCCGGGACAGAGCUCCGCCUUCACCUCCCAGGCGCCCGGCUACCCCGCAGCAGCAUUGGGUGCACACGCCGCCCAUGUCACCUCGUACGCGAGUUCCCCAUUCAACUCCACCAGGGACUUUCUUUUUCGCAGCCGCGGCUUCGGAGAAUCCUCUCCGGCGAGCAGUCAGCACGCUAUUUUCGGCCCCACUACCGGGUCUCUCCAUCACUCCCACACAGACAGUCAAGGCCACAUUCUGUUCCCCGGGAUUCACGACCAGCAUGGGUCCCACGGAUCCCCGAAUGUGCUCAACGGGCAAAUGCGUAUUGGACUACCAGGUGAGGUUUUCGGGCGUUCCGACCAGUACCACCAGGUCUCCAGCCCAAGGACCGACCCGUACUCGGCCGCCCAGCUCCAUAAUCAGUACAGCAGCAUGAAUAUGAACAUGGGUAUGCACAUGGGAGCUCACCAGCACCACCCCGGUGCCUUUUUCCGCUACAUGCGGCAGCAGUGCAUCAAACAGGAGCUCAUCUGUAAAUGGAUCGACCAGGAGCAGCUAAGCAACCCCAAGAAGAGUUGCAACAAAACUUUCAGCACAAUGCACGAGCUGGUCACGCACGUCUCCGUGGAGCACGUCGGAGGACCGGAGCAGAGCAACCACAUUUGCUUUUGGGAAGAGUGCCCCCGCGAGAGCAAACCGUUUAAGGCGAAAUACAAACUGGUGAAUCACAUUCGGGUCCACACGGGAGAGAAACCCUUCCCUUGCCCCUUCCCCGGAUGUGGCAAGGUCUUCGCACGUUCGGAAAACUUGAAGAUUCACAAGCGCACACAUACAGGAGAGAAACCAUUCCAGUGUGAGUUUGAAGGCUGCGACAGGCGGUUUGCCAACAGCAGCGACCGAAAGAAGCACAUGCACGUUCACACGUCAGACAAACCAUAUCUUUGCAAGAUGUGUGACAAGUCCUACACACAUCCCAGCUCUCUACGAAAACACAUGAAGGUCCACGAAGCGGCCCCCCCUCCAGCGUCCGACUCCUCGCCCGCAGCCAGUUCUGGUUAUGAAUCGUCCACACCACCCGGCCUCGUCUCCCCCACCACCGAGACCCAAAGCAACAACAAUCUGUCCCCCGCAGUCCACAACAACCACAAUGGUCACAGCAGCCUAUCGUCCAAUUUCAGUGAAUGGUAUGUUUAGGACUGAACCGAAAAGCGAACACAGGACCAUUGCUCAGAACCCCUACCAGCGCAGGAGAUUCGGACACUUGUGCACCGAGGAGAGCACGAAUAACCUACUAUGAACGCUUCAAAAUCAUAAAAAGCGAUUCAAAACCACCAGGGAAGAAAUCUCACUUACCAAUCUCACUUACCAACAGAAGAAAAUAUGUGAUAUGUUUAAGGUGUAUUCAAUAUAUUUGUAAAUAUUACACGCCCUCUUUCCCAUUGGUUGUGAUAGAUCUUGUCAGUCUUUGGUGUAUAGAUGUUCCUUCAAUGGUAGCUAUUUCUCUAACUGGACUUUUAGUGCACAUAUUACGAUUCAAGUUGUAUUAUGGUGUUAAAUAUUGUGAUCCUAAGGCAAAUUGAUUGUAACUAUACUAAACAUCUAUAAACUGGAACGAGUGCCAAAGUCAACACUUAACUCAAACAGACCACCAUGUUUCGCUUGUGAAUGUAUAUUUAGUUUGCUGGGCUUUAACCUGUGAUGUUUUGUGCUUUGCAAGUUUUGAAUUGUGAAAUGUUAUCCGGACGAUUGUGAGGAAAAUAGACGUUGUGCCGUUGGAUUUUCUGUACCCCCUUCCUUUUGUACAUAUCGACUGCCUUAUUUAUCCGGUUGUAAUUAAAUUAUGCUAUUUACUUGCUACAGAUGAAACAAUAUUUAUAAAAGAAUGUUUCUAUACUAUAAAUAUGUACAAUUAUGAGCUAAACACGGGCAGUUGUUUUGUUAUGUGUUUUUGUUCAAAGUUAAAGAGGUGUUUUCUUCAUUAUUGUGAUAAGAAUUUUACUGCAUACAAAUAUAAUAAAAAGUGUUGCAAGUGUUAAAAAAUG